CGUUGAUCGCCAUCGGUUCGUGUACGCCGCCCCCGACGAUCUCAAGACAGCGUAGCCCCCGUCUGCAAAAAUGGCGUCGACCGCAAAAGCCGUGCAGACCUUUGGUAAGAAGAAGACCGCGACUGCCGUCGCUCACGCCAAGGAGGGCCGCGGUCUUAUCCGCAUCAACGGCCAGCCCAUCAACCUCGUUCAGCCCGAGAUCCUCCGCUUGAAGGUCUACGAGCCGGUCCUCGUCGCAUCCGAGGAGGCGUUCUCCAUCGUUGACAUCCGCGUGCGCGUCAAGGGUGGUGGGCACACCUCCCAGGUGUACGCCAUCCGCCAGGCGAUCGCGAAGGCGCUCGUUGCGUACUACGCCAAGUACGUCGACGCGUACAGCGCGAUGGAGCUCAAGAAGAAGCUCGUCGCCUACGACCGCACCCUCCUCAUCGCCGACCCUCGUCGGGCAGAGCCGAAGAAGUUCGGUGGUCACGGUGCCCGUGCCCGGAGACAGAAGAGUUACCGUUAAGCGGCUCGCGUGCGGCUUGCUUGUAUCCAUACUUCCUGUUUCUCUUUCAUGCUCUCCAUACUGCACUCCCUUCUAUGCAUA